AUGCCUGACGCAGUUCGACAAGAUGCAGCGGAGAAAAAAUCAGGUACCAACAGGGUUCAAGCCUACGCCAAACUAGAAUUUGAGAAGUUUUCUUUCUUUGUUCAGACUCUGCAAGUUACAAUGGGUCGGAAAGCCAGUAAUUCUAGUGAUUGUGAUGUUCAUCUGGGAGACACCAAAGCUAUAUCUCGUCAGCAUGCUAAAAUUGUAUACAGCUUCCCAAAUCAAAGGUUUGAAUUUUCCGUCAUUGGAAAAAACGGAGCUUUUGUUGAUGGGGAAUUCGUCGAACGCGGAUCUACCGUCGCACUGCAUAGUGGAACUCGCGUUCAAAUUGGACAGAUCUCUUUCUCUUUUCUUCUUCCGGAAGGAAUGCAAAAACAGACGGCGAGAAAGCAUGAUGUUGAUACCGCUGAUCCCCAGAAGAUGAGCACGACUAUAACUCCUGUGAUUGAACAAAAACCACCUAUUGAAGAACUUCAAAGCUCUUUUUACACAUCCGUAAAAAAGGAAUCUGAGCUCAACACUACUCAAUUAUCUCCUCCUCCUCCUCUUAUGACCGCCGAGUCUGCAUCAGCAAAUAUAUUUGAGCAUCCUGAUGCGAUUACUCCUCAUCCUUUAGAAUCCUUUCCCUACUCUUCCGAAUACAAACCACAAACUGUAUCUCCUCAAUCUAUUCAGCGUCAGGCAUCGAGCGAUUUCUCGUCAGCCCCAUCUGCUAACCCUGAAACCUUACGAAAUCUUUCUGAGACUCCUCCAAAUAAUGCCAUUCCCCCAAAACAGACUUCUGUUGAUCAAGAGUCGAAUCAUCCUUCGGCAUCAAUCCCUUUGCAUCCGGGUUUAGAAUCAAAUCCACCACCAAAUUUCGGUGAUAUUUAUCAAAAGCCUAAUCUUUCUUAUGCAAAUUUGAUUGCACGUACCCUUAUAUCCAAUUCUAAUAAGAAGAUGACAUUGGGCGAUAUUUGCGAAUGGAUUUCCCAUACGUGGCCGUAUUAUCAAUAUCAACCACCAGCUUGGCACAACUCGAUUCGGCAUAACUUAUCUUUGAACAAAGCAUUUAUACGAAUACCGAGGAGACAAAACGAGUCUGGAAAAGGGUCAUUUUGGAUAUUGGAUCCCUCCUAUAUUGACCAGUUUGAAGGAAAUAUGUUUCGGAAAACAAAGAAACCCACACCUACUGCUACGGGUACUACAUCUUUCGACCAUGAGAACAUUGAUCCCCUUCAAAGUAAUAUGUCGGUAGGCGGUAAAAUCAGUUCUUCAAUGACUUCUGACACUUCACAACGGACACCUGCUGCAAAUGGCGGUGGAGCAGCAGCACCUAAAGAAGAAAAACCAUCAUUAUUACAGUCUGGCAUCCAGCCCAUCAUUAUGCAGUCUGGCAAAUUAGCGUUGAAUCCUGAAUUUUUCCGCAACUCAAAUGGUGAACAACAAGCACCAAACGAGCAAGCGGUACAUGCGAUUUCGCUUUUACAAGACCACAUUAACCGACAAUUAGGACCGGCUGCCGUGAACAACCCAGCGCAGGCCACUGCGAUUGCAAAUGCGUUAGCCGUUGCCCUAGCCAAAAAGUUACAAAAGCAACCGGUACCAACCCCAACUGUUCAACAACAAGAUACGACUCAGCAAACUAAAAGAAGAAAAGCCUCUAUUUCGUCUGUGAAUCAAAAUGUCAACUCGACAGCAUCUUCCUCGUCCAUUCAACCAAAUGCUCCUUUUUUCCAUAUGCCCACACCGCCACCUUCUACCAUGACAUCUGUUCCCCCUCCGUAUGUACGACCGCCUGUCCAUUCUCAACCCAAAGAUUCUCCAUAUGGCCGAACUAUAGAAGAUCCGUUACCCCCUGGAGCAGUUGCUGCAUCCUCCGCGACUUCCAAGCCGAACACUUCCUUGUCAGGCUCCUCAGGGCAAACAAGUACUGUACCAAAUACCUCCGUUUUGACGUCAGAUCGGCCUCUGUACGUAGCAUCUCAUGAAGCUAACGGAGAAAAGCGACCAAGUUUUGCGAUGCCAUCAUAUGCUGCAUAUUCACCUAGCAGUGGGAUACAAGGCAAUUCCCUUCAUACGACGCCAAGUCUACAUUCAGAGCAUGGAGGAGAAAGCAAAGAAGGAAGACAAGAAAAUCACCAGGACCCAAUGCAAUCAACAGGGGACGUUCUUCGUGGAGUGAAACGACAAUUUGAUGAAGCUCCGUCUUCGUAUACCUGA